GGGCAGAUCUGAUUGUUUUCCUGGUGGUAUAUAAGGGGUUUUAAGGAGAGUCGUGUGCCAGACACGCAGCCACUGAACCACAAGCAGCUUCGCUUUAACUGGAGUGCCUGGGAGUCGCGUGCCAGGAGCCGCACGGCCAAGGACUGACUGACAGACAGACACGCACCGCCACCACAACACACGAGACUCGGGCGGGCCGCCGCCGCCGCCGGGCUCUUGGCAAAGUCGCAGGUCCGAGAGGUCCCCCGCGGAGCCAGCCGCACCGCCGUAGCGCUAAGCCGGCUGCUUUCAGGAGGGGUCGAAGGACGCCGCGCCGCGCUCCCGGCUGCGCCAAAGUCACCUUUACGCGGAGGCGCAUUCUGAGUCCGACGAACAUGUUCGUCAAAACCGAGGCCUUGGAGUUUAAGGAGGAGGAGGACGUGCUGGUGCUGCUCGGCUCGGCGUCUCCUGCUUCGGCUGCCCUGACCCCGCUGUCGUCCAGCGCAGAUGAGGAAGAAGAGGAGGAGCUGGGCGCGGCGGGAGGGGCGCGUCGGCCGCGUGGGGCCGAGGCGGGACAGGGGGCGCGGGGCGGCUCGGCGGCGGGUGCAGGGGGCUGCCGGCCCGCGCGGCUGCUUGGGCUGGUACACGAAUGCAAGCGGCGUCCCUCCCGGGCGCGGGCUGUCUCCCGCGGCGCCAAAACUGCCGAGACGGUGCAGCGCAUCAAGAAGACACGCAGACUGAAGGCCAACAACCGCGAGCGCAACCGCAUGCACAACCUCAAUGCCGCGCUGGACGCGCUGCGCGAGGUGCUCCCCACGUUCCCCGAGGACGCCAAGCUAACCAAGAUCGAGACCUUGCGCUUCGCUCACAACUACAUCUGGGCGCUCACCGAGACCUUGCGCCUGGCCGAUCACUGCGGAGGCGGUGGCGGCGGCGGCGGCCUGCCGGGGGCGCUCUUCUCCGAGGCUGUGCUGCUGAGCCCGGGAGGCGCUAGCGCCGCGCUGAGCUGCGGCCCCGACAGCCCGUCGCCCGCCUCCACGUGGAGUUGCACCAACAGCCCCGCGCCGUCCUCCGCCGCCUCCUCCAGCUCCACUUCCCCCUACAGCUGCACUUUAUCGCCCGCCAGCCCGGCCGGGUCAGACAUGGACUACUGGCAGCCCCCACCUCCCGACAAGCACCGCUAUGCGCCUCACCUCCCCAUGGCCAGGGAUUGUAUCUAGAGCUGCCAUCUCUACCCGCGCCGGGCCUUACGGGCUCGCGUUGCUUGUCCCCCACCAAGUCCUCCUCCCCACCUCCCCUGCGUGCGGGCUCCACGCCCUGGAAGCCACCCCCACCUCGCCUAGAGGUUGCGAUCCUUGGUUAUGGAUCUCCUUCCUUCUGACGGGCUCCGGUUUAGUGAAGGGCCGAGGGAGCUUUGCCGUCAGAGGAUGGGGGUCUGGGGUUGGCGCCUGUUGAGAUUGAAAAUGCGCUGUGCAGAGAGGUGCUGGCGCACCUGCCUAGCGCGCGGCGGGCGGACGCCGCUCCCGGUUCUCAGCCACGCCGCCGCAGAGGACUGGGCUCUGUGCGUGUGAAGCUCCCAGGGGGAAGGCAACUGGUUCUUGUGCUCUCUUCACCUUUGCUUCCACAUAGAGAUGUUAAUGUCGAGUAGAAAGAAACGUAUCUUAGCAUCUGAAUGAUUUCACCGGUAAUAAUAUUAUCCACAGAUUUGCAAUGGCUGGCAUCUGCUUUCUUCCCAUUGCUGUCUGCAGGCUGUGGGAAUUUCACCUGUCAAACCAAACUUUCCCUCUCUGAUGUGCACUUUGUUCUGCUUCCCAUAUUCGUCACAAUGCCUAUUGUCCCGUCUUUCUCUCUCCUUUCUCUUCACCAUUUUGCCAUCUGUCUCUUAUGAUUUAUAAGGGGGGGAAGCUCGUUUUGUUAGAGGGCCAGGUUAGAAGUCAUUGUAUAAUUUGUAGGCUUUGUAAUGAUUGAAUACAAGCGUGGAAAUUUAGGCUGAACUCUCUAUCAAAAGGAGAAAUGUGGAGAAAAAGGGAAAAAUCAGGAGGGAGGAUUGCUUCAUGCAUUAUUUAUCUCGACCUUUUAGGGAGAAGGAACUCCCCCAUUCUUUUAAGAGAUUAAAAAUAAAUCAACAGUCUGAAAACCUAAGCAGACACGGAGUAUUAUCUGGAUCAGCCACACACGUGUUCCUUUCUAUUUAUUAUAAAGAAAAUUUUCAUGGGAAAAGUAUGUAUUUUUUGUAUAUUCUACAGAGUUUAUUCUAGUAUGUAUUUACAUCUUGCAGAACAAGAAAAUUGUUCUUGUGAUUAAACUAUAAAUAAAGUAUCUAAUUUUCAUAAGUGUUGGGUAUUGUAUUCUAAUCUCUUGUUUCUGUAGUUAUUAGAUGCAGGAGGAGUUAUGUUUUUCUGAAAUGAUCCCAGUGUCAAAUAGAGUCCUUGUAUUUUGGGGGACUGUUUGUGUAUAUAAUUUCACUAAGGAAUAAGAUUCAAGCCACUAGCACUGAAAUAACUCUCAAUAAAAACACGCACUCCGUUUUAAAGAAAUCAGUUUCUAAGCAGACAAGCUGAGCAAAAGGGGGGGGGCAGAAGAAUUACAAUGCCAAUUAAGUCAUGACAAGCUCUAAAGUUCAGAAAACCUUGAUUUUUAAAAAGUAGUAAAGUUGAAGUUUCUUGUGUAGAAAUUUGGUUCUCUCACUUAACUACUUUUGGCUUCAUUUACUAUCUGUAAAUUAAAGGAACUAAACAGUGGUCUCUAAGAGCUUCAAGCUAUAACAAUAUUUGUGACACAACUGUUUGUAAAUUCAUUAUUGGAAACUGAAUUUGUAGUAAUAUUUUAAAAAGCUAGCUCAUUUGAAAAGCAAACUCCUCAAUAAAAGAAAAUAUUCAGAA